CGGGGUCCUGCUCUUACUCAGGACACUCCGAGGGAGAAAAAGCUUCUUCGUACAGACUGACGCUCAGAUACCCAAGACUACUUGUAAUCGUAGUCACCACCUAGUCGCUGCUCUCGUCGAAGCAACCAUACGUGGUUGCUUCAAUAGCCACAAAAAGCAAGAAGAUAAAUCAACAAACCACAUCAUUGACAUUAGAGAGGCAUUGACAUUAGAUUCUGCGAAAGGAUUUAAAGUCUCGCACGUUCAUGUUCUGAUUGAAAGAAAUCAAAAUAUCGGAGAAAAAAGUCAAUAUCCAGAUGGUGGUUUACAUUCGCCACGGUCGACCUUGAUGAACCACGUGGAACACUUCAGGAAGGAGACUCGGCUGCCUUCGGCGAGCGGGAACCUAACCUGUUUCAAGAUCGUCCGAGAGAACAUUUGAUUCCGCAUUUUUCGAGCGCACGCGUGUUUCCGCGACCGUUAUCUGUGCGAAAACGACGUGUGUCAAAAGUUUGACGUUUGCUAAAGAGAUUGUGUGAUACACGCCGGGAAGCGAUAUAGUGCGCGAUCCUCCAUAUGAACGGCGUACAAUUUUAGCGCAUCGUUUUUGCCACGACACCUGAACGUGAUGUGUGAAGCGGUACCUCGAACUUGGCACAUGAAACCGGAACUUCAUUGCAAUCCCGUUGGAGUUCCGGCGGGCGCCUUGUCACCCCCGGCUACUCUCUCGCCACCGGGUAGUCCAAGUAUUAUCACGCUGCCAUCUUCGCCUUGGAGCCCAGGUGUACCGGGAAGCAGUUCGAGCACCAUUGCCUCCACUAAUGCACCUUCGGGCUUUUGUCAACCCGUCCCCGAUCGUUUCAGCGCCUUCACCCUUGUUUCAAAUUACAAUCCCGAUUUGAGACUUCAAAAUCUACCACUCAGCUCCACCGUUGCCGCGCGAGAUAUGCGGUGCGGACUGAUGUACGGCAGUUACGGAGCAUCCGGGGGUGCUUGGUGGGCUCGUCACAUGGGCCUGCUGCUGCCACAUUCUUUGCUCCCACCUACAAGAAUUCCAUCCCAACAGACGACACCAGUAACAAAUUGCUCGCCCAUUCAUCCGGAACCUCUCAGUCCGGCAAGACCCGGGUCACCGCGAAGAUGUACGCCGGAGAAAGCCAAAUUCGACGGACGGCUCUUCAUUUCAGAAGAGGAGGUGCCAUUGAACCUCAGCACGAAGCCGAGCGAUGUCUCGUCAAGUAUCAGCAACAGGAAAAGUGAAAUCUGGUCGCCGGGCUCAGUUUGCGAGAGGGAGGCCAGGGAAACGAGAGCACCGUCCUCCAGAAGUCCGUCCUCGACCCCUAUAAUUACGCGGCAAAUUCAUCACUCGCCGCUUACUCCGCCCUCCUCGACUGAAAGGACUUUUCAAUGUAAGCAGUGCGGUAAAGCCUUCAAACGGUCAAGUACACUCAGCACUCAUUUACUGAUCCAUUCUGACACAAGGCCUUAUCCCUGUCAAUAUUGUGGCAAAAGGUUUCACCAGAAGUCAGAUAUGAAGAAACACACCUACAUCCAUACCGGUGAGAAACCGCAUAAGUGCGUGGUGUGCGGCAAGGCGUUCUCCCAGAGCAGCAACCUCAUCACGCACAUGCGUAAGCACACCGGCUACAAGCCGUUUCAGUGCGGCCUGUGCGACAAGGCGUUUCAGAGAAAGGUCGAUCUCCGAAGGCACCGGGAAGGUCAGCAUCCGGCGGCGCCGGCGCUCGAUUAUCGCUCUCUUCAGAUACCGCCUCAGCAGCCGAACAACAACCGGCGCUCGUCACCGGUACCGCCACAUUCGACGGGUUAUCGUAUGAUAUCCGUACCCAGCAGCAGCUGAGACUCGUUCAGCUGACAGACGAAUGUCUUGUCCGUGAACGCAGCGGUGCUUCAAACCGGAUAAUCCCCCUCAUCCCCCUCGCCAGCGCGGUACGUAUCGCAUCAUCGCGUCGUGGCCUAUUGAAGGCAAUACGUACUUGUGAGAUCGGUCGCCGGAGAAGCGAGAUUUCAUAUGUAGAUUUAAUCGGCGACGUUGAUCGGAAGGAGUAAUGCGUUUCGAGUACGAGCAUCAUCAUUGGACGUAACAUUGAAAUAGCGAAGCACGUGUUUAAUGUGCGAGUAAUGUAAGAAAAGAGAUUGAAUUUAAAAUGAUAACUUAUCAUAUGUCUCGGAGUAAAGAAAAAGAAGAUUUUGGUGCUAUAUACGUUCGGACUAAAAUGGAAACAAUCAAUUAUUCUUGUUAUAUUCAACUUUACGUCGCAAAAACUUCAUAAUAUACGUCGAAUAGAAAUAUGACUGUAUAUACAUACAUUUAUAUUAGUCACAAAAGAGAUUUAACAUUUAUACAGAUGUCUCUCUCUAAAAAUUUUCAAAGAAAAAAACUUUCUCCCGAAUUUUUGCAAAAAAAUGGAUUCUAUAAAGAAAGAUUCAUUAUUUUAUUAAGUACAUUAUUAUAUAUUAUUUUAUGUAGAGUUAUGUACAAAUUUUAAAAUCAGAAUUCUAGGAUUCUCUGCAGACAUUACAAAAUAUCUCCCAGAAAUAUAUACAUCAAUGAUCUGUUCAUUUUCUUUUGUGAUUAAUUACAAAUAUAUGCGUAGGUCAUCACAUCUAACUGAUACUGUUAUGUAUAUGAUAUUGUGAUAAUAUACCAUGGUGCACGAUACAUCGAAACGGAUUAUUGGUUCUUAUUCGUUGCAUCGACAAAUCUCGUCACAACAAGUACAUCGGUUCGGUGUGUAAGAUACGUGUGCAUUCGCCGAUUAAUGUAUUGAAAUGCUAUGCACAUAUUGUACGUAUGUAAGUACAUCGAUGAAUGACUGACGCGUGAUUUACGUAUGUAUCAAUGAGAAUCGCUUUGAAAUGUAGUGCUUCGCUCUUGUUAUAUGAGUGAUCUCUACUUUAUGGCGUAUAAUUAUAGCUGGUGUUACGUAUAUUAUAUACAUAUACAUAACAUCAGCUAAAUUAUACGUAACACGUGUUUUCUUUUUUCAGACAACUCAUGAGAUAUGUCAAAAUAUUAUCGUUAUCUAUCGUAUAUUCAUGUCAAUUGGACCGAAUAUAAAUUCCUUAAGACACGAUGUUAACCUCGCAUUAUCCUUUUUAUUUUAUUGCUUAUAUAUAUAACGAGCUAUACUUCAAUUCAGCCAUAGCUCUAAUAAAGUAUCGUAUAUCUUGAAAAAUGUGUUAAAAUCGAAAAUGAUACACAGAUGUUGGGCUAAUUUACGAAAUUAACGAGAGUCAUCAAAAUAAGAUGAAAAAUACAUUCCGAGAGAAUGGAACGAAAGAAACCAGCAUAUCAUGAAAAUAAUGGCAUAGGUUCGUCUUAUCGCAAAACGAUGAGAUGUAAAUACACACAGCCGCGACUGUGCACGCGUGAUUGCAUGAUACAGAUUCAAGGUGUGUGAUAAUUCAAGGAUCGUCUGCCACAUUGAAGGUCACUGUCUUUCUGCAAGCCAGUCUCGCUUAUUCUCAGGUGAGAAACAGAGAAUUGUAAAUAUUUUUCAUUGAAAUCACCACCGAUAUUCUUUCUUCGGAGGAAGAAUUACGGAGCGUAAAGCAUAUAAUCGAACGCGAUUAAUAUUUGCGGAAUAUUUGCAUAAAU